AUGUCCACCGCGACGAAAGGCUCUGCGUUCACUUCAAAAGUUGCUGCUGCGAAAAAUACUUCUGGGUCAGACGACAGCGCAAAUUGGACCAUGAAGAACGAUGACCUUCCAAUCGACUUGGAAUCGGGAAAUGGCACAAAUUUGAGCGCGGACUCUAAGAAACUCGAGAAAACUGACGAGACAACUGCAGAUGAUGGAUAUUCUUGGGGUGAUUCCAUUGACGAUUGGUUGAACCGCUUCUUGCGUUGGUGGGAAACGACUUCCCGGAACUUGCUUCAUAAUCUGUGGUUCGUUGUCCAACCGGUCUUCGUCGACAUGUGCGCCUUUCUCUUUUGCAUAUUGGCAAUGGCACCCUUUAUUCUGGUUGUUGGUCUCGUGUGCUUCGUGCUUGCCGUGCCAAUCAGCCUGCUGACGACGGUCGUGAUCUGGGCAGAGGGACUUUGCGACUUCACGCUUGACAUUGUACGUGAAUGGCCGACUCGAGGCAGAAUCAUCGAAGACGUGUUCCUUUGGUGUUUGGUCAAGAUGCCGUUGAUCUUGCUGAUAGGAUUGGGGCUUUCCUUUUACUCGAUGCUGACACUUCCAUUGAACUAUUUGGAGGCUCUCAAGAUGUUGAUUUUUGGUUCUGAUGGUUGUUGUGGAAACAAGAAAGACGACGAUAGCAGUUCUGUGUCUACUUUCGAGGCCUAA